UGAGAAAUGAAUGAAUACUCUGCACAAUUUUUUUUUUUUUCUUUUAUUAAAUAAAAAGGGGCCGAAAUUUUGUGAAUAAUGAAUCAGGAACUUAUAGAACGUUUGUUUGAGCAUGUAAAGCUCAGCUUAGAUUUUUCCUACUGUCCAUAUUCAAAGUUUGCAGUAGGAGCUUGUGUAUUAUGUGAAGAUGGAAAAACUUUCGUGUACGGUGCAAACGUUGAGAACGCAUCUUAUGGCGCUGGCGUAUGUGCUGAGCGAGUUGCUAUAACGAAAGCAGUGAGUAUGGGAAGGAAACGUUUUAUGGCGUUAGGAGUUAUGAGCGACAAAGGAAGAGUUACUCCAUGCGGUAUUUGUCGUCAAGUAAUUCGCGAAUUUUCCAAGGAUAUUGAUAUCUUUCUGUUUAAUCCUGAUGGUACUUUUCAGACGAAAUCAAUUGCAGAGCUGCUCCCAGAUUCCUUUGGACCCGAAGAUUUGGAAUAAAGUUUAGCAAAAGCCGAUUUAUUACGUCUGCAAACAGAUUCAACUUUGAACCUCUUUCACGAGCAUGCAUGUUGUCGUAGUGUCAUCGACUUUUCUAUAUAACGUGUUAGGAAUGCUUUUACAAAAUGAAUUAUCCUUACCCGCCACGAUACUGAAAUCCAUAACUCCUUGCUGCUUUAGAAAACGGUGAAUCCCAUUUGGUAUUUUUGGAAUUUGUGACAGCAGUCUUGCAAAUGGAAUCAGCCAAAAUUCUUGUAGAGUUUUCAUUUUUAGUAUUAUUUGAUAAAACCUUCUCAGCAACUUGCCGAAGUGACUCUGAAUCUAGAUUGUCGAACACUCCGUCUGUAGCUAGUAUAAUCAAGUCUCCAUUCUGU